AUGACCUGUGAUGGUCAGAAUUUGGUUACAGAAGAUGUGACAGUGGUGGAGGGAGAUGUCGCCACCAUCAGCUGCCGCGUCAAGAACAGUGACGACUCGGUGAUUCAGCUCCUGAAUCCCAACAGACAAACAAUUUAUUUCAGAGAUUUCAGACCGCUGAAGGACAGCAGGUUCCAGCUGGUGAAUUUCUCCAACAGCGAGCUCCGAGUGUCCCUGACAAACGUCUCCAUUUCUGAUGAAGGAAGGUACUUCUGCCAGCUCUACACUGACCCCCCCCAGGAAAUCUAUACCACGAUUACAGUGCUCGUCCCACCACGCAAUUUGGUAAUUGAUAUCCAGAAAGAAAUCGCCGUUGAGGGAGAAGAGAUUGAGCUGAACUGCACUGCCAUGGCCAGCAGACCAGCCACCACCAUCAGAUGGUUCAAAGGAAACAAAGAGCUAACCGGCAAGUCAGAAGUGGAGCAGUGGUCUGACAUGUACACGGUGACCAGUCAGCUGUUGCUGAAGGUGGGACGGGAGGACGAUGGGGUCCCUGUCAUCUGCUUGGUGGAUCACCCUGCUGUCAAAGACUUGCAGACACAGCGUUACCUAGAAGUCAUGUAUAAGCCUCAAGUGCGGGUUUCUCAGAAUUACCCGGUGCAAGGCCUCACCAGAGAAGGGGAGCCGCUUGAACUGACGUGCGCAGCUUUUGGAAAACCACAGCCUACGGACAUGAGGUGGUUAAGAGUAGAUGAUGAGAUGCCUCAACACGUUGUAGUGUCUGGUUCAAACCUUCUCAUUAGUAACCUAAACAAAACAGAUAAUGGUACAUACCGCUGUGAGGCUUCAAACGCGGUGGGGAAAUCACAUGCGGAUUACAUGCUGUUUGUAUACGAUCCCCCCACAACUAUCCCUCCUCCCACAACAACCACCACCACUACCACCACCAUCCCUACCACCAUCACAGACACAACGGCGACGACAGAACCGGCAGUUCACGGCUUUACUCAGUUGCCCAAUUCGGCAGAGGAGCUGGACUAUGGGGAUCUCUCAGAUUCUCGUGCAGGUGAGGAAGGGGCGAUACGGAGCGUGGACCAUGCGGUGGUUGGUGGCGUCGUGGCCGUGGUCGUGUUUGCAAUGCUUUGCCUGCUCAUCAUUUUAGGGCGAUAUUUUGCCAGACAUAAAGGUACAUACUUCACUCACGAAGCCAAAGGAGCAGAUGAUGCGGCCGACGCAGACACAGCCAUCAUCAAUGCAGAAGGGGGACAAAACAACUCCGAAGAAAAGAAAGAGUACUUCAUCUAGAGCAGCCUUGGUUUCUGUGAGGUGUCCAACCGUGGACGGUUACUACUGGCCCUAUUUAAAUGCUAAAGAGACAGUGAUAUUGGAAGUUGCAACCAGCUUGUGUCUUUUUUUUUAAAGAAAAAAAAGCAACUGGGUGGAGAGUCGUGAGGCUGGGAGGGUCCGGGAUUUGCUGUGUAAAAAUAUUCCUCGUAAAGUACACUCUGCUGUUCGACACCUCAGUUUGUUUGGGUUUCCUUUUUUUGGCCAAGUCCAGCUUGGAUUUAGUUUAGUGAAGUCAUUUGCAGAAGAUUCUGUGCCUUGUUUAAUUUCUGUUCGUUCGGGUCGGGGGGAGGCUGGGAAGAAGAGGGGCUUCUGUGCAUUAGUUCCCUUCGGGUUUCUGUGGCUCUUCGUUUCCCCUUCCCUGUUCUGUUUCCGGAGUUGCCUGCUGCGACCCCUUGGAGUAGGUGGGUUUCUUUGAAGGUGUUUCUCUUUCUUUCUCUCGUCACCGUUUUCCGUUCAGAACUCGAGCUCAUCGGAAGAGAACCAGCACAUUUUAGAUUUCGUAGCUUGCAGUUCAGUGUGCCCAUGUCCCAUUCCUUCUAUCGUCGUAAAGGCUUGGAUGAACAAACGGCGAGAACCCGUUUGUGGCUGCCCGUGUUUCAGGUGCU